AUGAAUCCAGCCAAAAUCCACAUUUUCAAGUCAACUCCUAUCAAGAGAGCCAGUGUGGAGCAGGGGUCUUCCAAGUCGCCUACGGGCUCUCGCGAGAUCCAUGUAGAGGCCAAUAAACUGCUGCAAAUGCUCAAAUCAAAAAGCGUGAAAAGCGAGCCAAUGCCACAAGAGCUGGCUGUUUAUCCAGCAGAACAAUCCCAGAAGAUAACAAUCCAACCUCGCGAUAGUGGGGCGAAAGACCUCCAGCAACAGUCAGGCGUUUCUGCAGCUCCAAAGAGAUCAUUCCAUGAUCGAAUAUCACAGUGGAUCACGAUUCCUGCCUCAUCGCUCAUAUCGCAAAGUUCGAAACAGGUACGAGCUGUUUUGGACGUAGCACCUCCCACUGGGCCUAAAGCAACCCGGAGUGAAACACCCACGCCGCAAGCUGCGAAAAGUGCGUCUAGCAUAUCACACCCAAGUGUCCCGCCUGCGGCUUCAAGAAGCAUGAUGAAGUCUCAAGAAUUUACCACUACGAGCACCACUCAGAGUCGACCAGUGGUAGAAGAACGUUCUACCUAUGCCGAAUUUCCAAAAAAGUUGCCAACUGAACCUCAAGCGAUGCUCUCUCAACCACAAGUAGUACAUAAACCGGCACAGGCGAGGCCUCUCUCACCGAAUGUGGCAGGCAAAGACAUCCCAUCACCCGUGGCUAAUACCCAGUCGAAUCUACCGCAACCGCACCUAGCUGAACAGAAUUCAAAGCAGUCUUCACCUCCCACUACUUUUCCACGUAAUCAUACCUCUGGAGGAACAAUCAGCACGCCCCCACCGAAUCCACACAACGAACCCGUCAAUCUGCCACCAGCGCCCAUAAAUCCGCAAUCCAGUAAUCGUGGAGCUGAAAAUGGCGUAACGCAAGGAAAGAUAGCUGGAGUAAAUCAAGGACAAGCGCCUUCGACCAAGUUAGGUACUGGUCUUGAGCCAGUAAGAACUGAGGCAGAAAUAACAAAGCCAUCUGAGGUCGUCCUGCGGCAACCGCUGGUACAGAAGAACCCUGUGUAUGCUCUUGGUUCAGGUGAAAAAGAAACCGCGAAGUUGAUCUCAACUCCACAGAGCCUAAAACAGGUACCGGUACCGACAAGCUCCGGGGAUGGGCUACCCUCAGGCGAUAAAAAUGCGCCCGAAUCCGGUUCAGGGCAGGUGCUGCCACCGACACAGUCUGGAAAGGGGCUUGCUUCGCGUGAAAAAGUGGCAACGAUAUCAAAGACAUCUGGAUCGCAUUCAAGACAGGUGCCAGUACCGACCGAGUCUGGUGAAGGGGUUUUUUUCGGUGAAAAAAAGGCAGCUAUACCAGAGACGUCUGGAUCCGGGUCAGGGCAAGCGCCAGCACCAGAGAAUUCAGGACCUGACCACGAAUCAGUCAGAAACGACGUAUACCGGUUGCAGUCAUCUCCUGCCGAAACCCCAGCUCCUUUGCCAUCGAAACCAGCACGGAAUGAAAAUGCUUCUCCAAGAGAAGCUGGAAUCAAUAGCUUUUCUGAGAAUCAGCUGGAAAGCGGGUAUACAAUUGGAGUCAAUUCUCCUGCUGCUCCGCUUCUGGACUUAACGAAGGAGGCCAAUUUAGGGAUUUCGCAGAAGCUCUCGACCACUUUAAGGUAUAUUCCUCAACUAACCACUGUAUCUGACACAUCAUUGUCCGCUCCCGGUUUUUUGGAUCCACAGUCCACUCCAGUGCGCCCUUCUGCUCUCGGCGAUCAGCUUCUGGCUGGAGACAGAAGUGAGUUAUUUGAUGCACUCCACGUGAAGUAUACAGGUGCUCCAAGCAAACCAUCCACUGACCUUCAAAGAAGUCAACAGCCGAAUGAGUUGGCCGUUUCCCCAUCUGCGGUAUCAGGGAAAGCUUUGCAGAGUUCGAAUGCAAUGAACAAAAAUAACACCACGAGAAAUGAUCAAGCCGAUAGCGAUACCUCAAGCUUGGCACCUUUACAAACAGGCCCAGCAUCUCUGAGAUAUGAUGGAGCUUUGAGCCAAAAAGCUUCGAAUGACGUUAAGAAAUCUGGUCGAAAAGGCAAACAAUCUUACACCGCAUCGACCACGACGAAAGCAUCGCAGCCCAAAUCUCCUCAGAAAGUCAAAAAGGCCUCCUUUGGCACUUCUUCACGCAAUGACCCAAUUAUACAGACAAUGCCUAUAAACAAUCCGCAGUCUCAAAUUUACGUUUCCCAGUGGAAGAACACGGUCAUGCAAACAAACGGACAACCCCCUAGUGAGAAGGAAAUUAGCUCGAUGCCUAUCGUCCAAUAUUUAGAGAGCCAUCCAGAUCAAUCGAAUAAAGCGACUACCACGAACAAUGCAAAGUCGGCUCAGUAUAGCAGCACGAAGUUGAACAGCUCGCUUUCAGUUCAGAAAAAGUCAGGUACGACUUCCAAGCGUUUUCGCGCUGGCACAAUACUGGAGAAAGCGAUCAGGCGCGACGAGUUGCCGCUUAAAGGCCAAAAUGCUGAGCAAAAACUUAACAAUCAGUUGAAUUCCACCUCACCUGCGUCAGGAAGGCAAUUGAAUCAAAAAUCAAGUGCUGCUAGCAGAUCACAUACUGGGUUGACAUCUCGAACAACAAUGCAACCUGGAAACACUGCAAAUGCGGUCUCUGGCUCUGCCCGCUCCUCGGUGGUUUCAAACUCGAGCAAGCUCCCCACGGUGCAGUCGACUAAUUCACAGACAGAAUAUGUGUCAACUGCUGGACAUCAAGUGGACCCUGCAUUUGGGUCCGCCAGUAGAAGAGCCAAAAGGAAAGGCACGAAAGCUACAGACCUUGCCCGCGGACCAAACAUGAAGCUCAGGUCUGUUAAAGAUACAACGCCCAAAAAAUCCAGCUUUGCGGAAAAUAUGAGGGAACUUGAGGAGAUAGUAGUUGGUCCAGAAAUGUCUGAUUUCCAAAGAGCUGAAAGAACUCCACAAUUGUCGCAAAAAGUCUCAUCCGGAGCUGCGAACGAGUCUGAUGCUCCUCUGCUACAAAGGGCCUCGAUGUUAGAAGUGGAAAAUGUGUCCAGCGAUGCAUCAGACGCUUCAUCAGAUUCCUCAGGACUUCUUACGAAGGAAACACUUGAUGCUGUUGUGCCAAGAAGGAAAAGACCAUUAAGCGGGGGUAUAGGCGAUUCAAACGCGAGAAAGAUAUCCAAAAUCUCACGCCCUUCUGAAGAGAUCGUUACAGAUUCUCCUUUGCAUUCUGUCGAUGGAAAUACUGAUAAAGUCCUACCAGAAACAGAUAUACCCGCAGAGUCCAAUACUGUGUUACGAUCUGAUCCUGAGCAAGAUCGCAAAAAGAUAGAGCGCCUAGUAGCUCGCCGGGUAGGAGGCGUGAUGGCGUCAGCGAAACGCUUGAAGAAAGGAAUGCUACUGGACAUGAUUCUUUCAGGCGUCAUUAUAUGCCCACCUCUAAAGUCAGGUCGCUCUGUGACAAGCAGUAAUAAUAUUUGCAAUAACAAAAAUUAUGAAGAGAGCCCCGCUCUUUACCUUCAACAGUUGUCGAAAAGAGCACGGCUUGAAGUAUCAUGUUUCGAAAGGAUUCAAAUGCCUAUAGUUGACAAAAGGGUGACUCGCAUCGAUGAGCCAACCAAGGAGAAUUUGCGGAAAGGAUUGCGUGACGCGUGUUUUUACCUUGACUUGUAUCAAGAAAGAUUUCUGGGCGCUGAUGAAAAGGAUGUAGUCAGUGCACGCAUUCAGAACUUAAAUCAUCACCUCCAGCGGCUAGGAUGUUUAAUCUCUGAUAAGAAAUCCUCCUUUGUCAAUGUUGUUAUUAUCAUCAACGACUUUCUAAAAAGUGAUGAUUAUACUGAGGCGUUUGAAUACUCAGGCACACAAAUAUGGAGCUAUGCGUAUGCAAUGAGGCUGUUCGAGCUUUUGGAAGCAGAGAAACCAACUCCAAAUGAGGAUAUAGGUCAAGUCAGUGGUGCGCUACCUCGUACAUCUGCGAUGAUGAAAAAUGCAGACUCUCACGGGAAUUCCAUAAUGGCUCCUACUGAUCAGCAUCCUCGCAACGGUGCAUCGGAGAGCUAUGUGGGCGAGAAGCCACCAAUCCCGUCAUUAGAAAAAGGUCACGAUCAAGUGAGAUCAGUCGAGUCUAAUAAAGAAGACUCACUGCUCUCUGAAAAUACUGGCCUUGAGGAACGUUCCCUAAACAGAGGUUCGAACGGUACUGUAAUUGCCGAGGAUGAGCGGCUUCGUUACUUAGCCAGUGAGGUCAUAGAAGAUCAAUUUAAGCUGGCUUCGUUGCAUGGACAGCUGUCAAGAAAAGAUAAGGUGAUUGCAGAUCUUACGUCAAGACUGAAAGAGGAGGAAUCUAAAAGUCAAAAGUGGCAAUUUGUAUUUGAAUCACUCAGUCCCAAUAUUACAGAUAAUUUGAAGAAGUUGCAUUCUCAACCACAAAGAGACAGGAGUGCAUCAAAGGAAAGGGAGCGAGCAGUGUCGCAACCUGCGCCAUCCUCGGUGAGAGAACCGGCUCAGGGUGGAGUUCUCGAUGAAAAUGUAGUUGAGAAUAUUCAUGUGAUAACAAGUGCCCUCCGCGCAAGAUCAGACAACCACGCAACUGCAAGUACUUUACAAACCAGCGCACCGGGCCUAGCGUCAGAUUCUUUGAGCUUAGAGAGUUCAGCAACGAUUGUAGGAAAUGAUGUUCGAGCUGGUAGUAAAAACACAGCAGGUGCAGUUGGCGUUAAAGAUACAUCACCACAAGAUUUCAGAAAUCGAGGUUUCAAUCUCACCAGAUUAGCUGAGACUGCCAGAAAAUUGGAAGCAAGCAUGGCGUCCCAGGAUGAACUGCAGAAGCAGGUACAGAAAUUGACUGCUGAACGAAAAGAUUUUGAGAAAGCCUUGAUUCAUAAAACGCAACAAAUGGAAGCAGAAAAGCGCGACGCGGACAGAAAACAAGCGGAGUCUGCGGAGGUGAUGAAAAACCAGCAUCAUAUCAUCGUUCAUUUAAAAGAACAGAUGAAACUAGAGAAAGAAAAGAGAAGAGCUUUGAGUUCUCGUUUACAAGCAUUAAUAUCGUGCGAAGACUCCGGGGGAGAGGAACACGCCUGA